AUGCAUCAUCACAGCAAUUUGAACGUGAAACGCAGUCACCCACAGAUGGAGGAUGCCGCCAAUCAUUUAUCUUCAUCUAUCAACUGCUUUCACAGCAGCACGAUCGAGCCCCCCCAGACGGUCAUGGCCAACGUUUGUCUACAGCCACAACCACAACAGCAACCGCACAUUGCUCUGCCUCCGUCGGUGGAGGAUUUGCUUAACCAAAUUUGUAACGACAGAAAGCAACCCCAGCCAGACCAAAACGUCAGACUGAGGCUGAGUUUUCUGAGCGAGGAGAAGGCCCUCCAACUCCUCCGUGAAAUCGCCGAAUGGAGAACUAUCAAAACCCUCGGUGGCUUAAUCACUUGGAUGAUCCGUGAGAAACCACAAUAUCAUUGUGCCUCUCCUUCUCCCUCUCCUUCAAAGUCCGACCCUGCUUCUCUUCUACAAACCCAAUUGUCUGCUUCUCCCAUUACGCCUCCGGUUCAUAAAGAGCAACCUGGAGACCAUGGAGGGUUGAGGCCACCUUAUUCCUAUUCCUCUGCCUCACCUUCAAAAGUUCUCCGUGUUUAUCCGUAUCAAGGCCCUCAUCUGCUCCUCCUUCAACUAUUACUCCUUAGAGACAAUGGGCAGGCACAAUUAGAAGCUCUGGGCGAACUUGAGUUCAGGAGACAAUUCCUAAUAUUGAAUUACGCUGGAGGAAAUAAGUUAAAAAAAGUUCUAGAGCCGGAGACUAUUAGGAGCUGGAAAGAUUUGCCGAUGCAACUGUUUGAGACGAGAGUUUGGGAAGCUUUGGGUCGGAACUGUAUCAGCACGAAAGACCGACACCCGACUUUUGAUUGGGAUUCUGGAAAAACAUACGUCUAUCAUUGUGAAGUCUCUGUGGAUGGGAGCUACAAAUUCAAGGGACCCUGUCUAAACAACACAAAAAGAACUCUCCUGCAGAAAGUUUUGGGAGAUGACAAUGUUUUAAUGGUGAAAUUUUCCGAUGUGGUGACUGAGAAAGUUCCAACUGCCAUUAAAGAACAUAAUUAUGCCAACUAUAGCAAGGUCGCAAGAGAAGGGAUUCUUGUAGUGUUCAAAGAUGGUGGCAAUCAAGAAAAGAAGAAAAACCCAACUUCAUCACCUGUGAAGUGUUACUUUAUUCGUGUGGGCUCUAAUGCCGCAAUUGACAGGAGUGGAGAUUAUAAGUUCUCUAACAGAAAAAUUCACGAAACAAGAUGCAUUUUUAUGCAUGCACAUACUGUGUCUAGUGUGUCAAACUACAUGGCUAGGUUUUCACUCAUUUUGUCAAAGACAGAGAGCUUAGUAGUAGAUUGGUCACUUGUAAAGGUUGAGGACAUUGAUGAUGAGUAUUGUCUUGAUGAAUCUGGUAAUCGUAUCUAUAGAGAUGGAAAGCCUCUUAUACAUACAGAUGGAACUGGAUUCAUAUCUGAGGAUUUGGCUUUACUCUGUCCGAAGGAUUUACUCAAAGGAGACUAUAUCAGUAAGGAGUACAUUGAGCCUUUGCUCUUGCAGUUCCGACUUUUUUACAAAGGCCGUGCUGUGAAGGGAACCUUUCUGAUCAAUAAAACGCUGCCACCGAAAACAAUCCAGAUUCGACCAUCAAUGGUUAAAGUUGAGAGAGAUCCAACGAUUUCAGAUGAUCAAACAGUGAAUUCGUUGGAAAUAGUCAAAGUAAGCAAAUCACAUAGGAAUACAUAUUUUUCGAGGCAUUUAAUUGCACUUCUAUGUCAUGGAGGGGUGCCGAAAGAGUACUUUAUGGGGUUACUUAUGAAAGAUCUGGAAGAUACUCAUGGUGUUUUCUGCAGUAUGCGUGCAGCAUUCAAAGGUGUGAAGCUGAUAGUGCUUAGAACUCAUCUUGCCUAUAACCAUGGUGAGAUGGAUGAUGAUUACAGUUCGGUAAAAAUGAUCCUUUCUGGUAUUCCUCUUGAAGAAUCAUAUUUGCAAUAUCGUCUGUCAAUUCUAAAGAAAGAGGAAAAUAAGAGUCUUAGAAAAGGCAAAAUUUGUAGUCCUCAGAGUUAUAUGUUGAUGGGGACAACUGAUCCAACAGGGAUUCUGGAAAGAGAUGAAGUUUGCGUUAUCCUUGACAGCGGACAAAUGUCAGGAGAGGUACUAGUGUACCGGCAUCCAGGUUUGCACUUUGGUGAUAUCCAUGUUUUAAAGGCCAGGUACGUGAAGGAGUUAGAAUAUGUUGUCGGAAAUGCCAAAUAUGCUAUAUUCUUCUCUUGCAAAGGUCCACGUUCUGUGGCUGAUGAAAUGGGUGGUGGAGAUUUUGACGGUGAUCUCUAUUGGGUCUCAAGAAACCCUCAGCUUUUGGAAUGUUUUAAACCGAGUGAACCUUGGAUCGAAGCUUCAUCAUCAACUCCAAAAGUUGCGAGUCCUAGACCCAGUGAGCUUUUGCCUAAUGAUAUAGAGGAUGCGCUCAUUAAACUAUUCUUGAAAACUAGGUUUGAACCCAGCUUUGCAAUGAGUGAGGCAUCUGAUAGCUGGCUGGCUAAGAUGGAUCGGUUGUUAAUUCUAGGAGAUAGUAGUAAUAGUGAGAAAGCCCGUGUGAAGGCAAACAUGCUGCGGUUGGUUGAUUUAUACUACGAAGCUCUAGAUGCACCAAAAAAAGGUGGAAAGGUGGUAAUUCCUGGAGAAUUGAAGUCGAAUCAGUUCCCUCAUUACAUGGAAAGGGUAAACUCGUACAAAUCAACGUCCAUUUUGGGAUUAAUUUAUGACACAGUGAACGCCUAUCAAUUAGAAGAUGCUUCUAUCAAAGAAGUCAAGAAACUUCCCAUGUUCGAUGUCGAAGUCCCUGAGGAGUGCUUGAGGAAAUGGAGGGAACACCACCAGCAUUACAGGAGUGAAAUGAGCUCUGCCAUGCAGGACAAUGAUCGAGACAGCAAGAAUAAUGCUGCUGAUAAGGUCUUCAGAAAGUAUAAAGAGAUUCUGUAUGGUGGUGCUGAGGACCUUGAGAAUAGUACAAGGCCGUUGCAUGAAAUAUUCAAUGAGGCGCUUGCAAUAUAUCGGGUGACUUAUGACCAUGCUAUAAGUCAAGGAGCUGUUAGUAAAUGCUGCUUUGCAUGGAAAGUUGCAGGUUCAGCCCUCUGCAAAGUUGCAGCUCAAAAACAGAUCACUGCAUCUUCUGCUUCUUCUCUCACUACUGGCUUUGAGCUCCAGCGAUCACUCUGUUUUCUGUGUUGUAAUUGUAAGAGAAAGAGUGUUGCUGAUCCUCAGCUGUUAAUUGGGUCACUUAGAAGAAUGGAGAGCGCCUUCAAGGAGUUGGGGGAAAAGGCUUCUGUGCUUGACUUUGACCCCAAAUCCGCCGUUGUUGGUGGCGGCGUUGAGGACAUCUACGGUGAGGACACUGCCACCGAGGACCAGCUUGUCACCCCUUGGACUUACUCCGUCGCCAGUGGAUAUUCUUUGCUGAGAGAUCCCCAGUACAAUAAAGGGCUUGCAUUUACGGAGAAAGAGAGGGACGCCCAUUACUUGCGUGGUCUUCUGCCUCCAGCAACUUGCUCUCAACAACUUCAGGAGAAGAAGUUGAUGAACACUAUCCGACAAUAUCAAGUCCCACUGCAGAAAUAUAUGGCUCUGACAGAGCUCCAGGAGAGGAAUGAGAGGCUGUUCUACAAACUUCUCAUUGAUAAUGUGGAGGAAUUGCUCCCAAUUGUCUACACUCCAACUGUUGGUGAGGCUUGCCAGAAAUUCGGAAGCAUCUUCAGGCGCCCUCAGGGUCUUUACAUAAGCCUGAAAGAGAAGGGCAAAGUUCUUGAGGUAUUGAAGAACUGGCCUGAAAGGACUGUUCAAGUUAUUGUUGUGACUGAUGGUGAGCGUAUUUUGGGACUUGGCGACCUAGGUUGUCAGGGGAUGGGAAUUCCGGUAGGGAAGUUGGCUCUGUACACAGCGCUUGGAGGAGUUCGUCCCUCAGCGUGUUUGCCUAUAACCAUUGAUGUUGGGACAAAUAAUAAGCAGUUGCUGGAGGAUGAGUUCUAUAUUGGACUUCGACAAAAGAGGACAACUGGGAAGGAGUAUGCUGAUCUUUUAGAUGAGUUCAUGAGUGCUGUCAAGCAGAAUUAUGGGGAAAAAGUUGUCAUUCAGUUUGAAGAUUUUGCAAACCACAAUGCUUUCCAGCUGCUUGAAAAAUAUAGGAGGACUCAUCUUGUCUUCAAUGAUGACAUACAAGGAACAGCUGCUGUAGUUCUUGCAGGAGUUGUGGCAGCACUGAGGUUGGUUGGUGGUAGCCUGUCCGAGCACAAGUUUUUUGUUCCUUGGUGCUGGGGAAGUAAGGAAUUUUUCAUGGAUUUCUGUCUUCACUACAUAUUGCUGGCUUAUCAUGCUGGGACGGGUAUUGCAGAGCUAAUAGCUCUUGAGAUCUCACAAAAGACAAAAACUCCUGUGGAAGAGACCCGUAAGAAGAUCUGGCUUGUUGAUUCAAAGGGAUUAAUUGUUAGCUCUCGCAAAGAUUCUCUUCAACAGUUUAAGAAGCCUUGGGCUCACGAACAUGAACCCAUUGAUAAUCUCCUUGAUGCUGUCAAGGCAAUUAAACCAACAGUUCUUAUUGGAUCAUCCGGUGUUGGAAGAACGUUUACAAAGGAAGUGAUUGAGGCAGUAUCCUCCUUCAAUGAGAAACCUCUCAUUUUGGCUCUUUCCAACCCGACGUCUCAGUCUGAAUGUACUGCUGAAGAAGCUUAUACUUGGAGUAAGGGACGCGCAAUUUUUGCCAGCGGAAGUCCAUUUGAUCCUGUUGAAUACAAUGGCAAAGUUUAUGUUCCUGGCCAGUCCAACAAUGCUUACAUUUUCCCUGGAUUUGGUCUCGGUUUGGUUAUCUCUGGCGCAAUCCGUGUGCACAAUGAUAUGCUUCUGGCAGCCUCGGAAUCGUUGGCGGGGGAAGUUUCAGAGGAGUAUUUUGAGAAAGGGCUGAUUUAUCCACCAUUUUCCAACAUCAGAAAGAUUUCUGCCCAUAUAGCUGCUAACGUAGCUGCUAAGGCAUAUGAACUUGGCCUGGCUACACGUCUCCCCCGUCCUGAGAAUCUUGUGAAGUAUGCUGAGAGUUGCAUGUACAGCCCUGUGUAUCGAAACUACCGUUGA